AUGGCGAAAAUUAAAGACAACUCGGGGCCUCCACCCAUAUUUAAUGAAUUCGGUUUGCGCCGAAUUCUAUAUUUUAUCUUUCUGAUCCUGUGUAUGUCCGUAGUUGUGUACUCCGGUUCUCCGCGCAGCGACCGCAAAGGCUUUCAGCAUACACCAUCACAACUUUUUUAUUUUGAGGAUUCUGAAGUCGUCCUGUUUCUUGAUUAUGCCGGAAACGUUUAUCGAUCUACAAAUGAAGGUGGGACCUGGUUAUCGGUUUCUGGUGUCACCGAGAAAGCUGCAACCUUGGUUCAUCAUCCAUUUGAAAAGAAGGAUCGAGCCUUUAUUUUGACAUCGGGAAAUAAGCAUUAUCUGACGACUAACAAGGGAGAAACUUGGACUGAAUUCACGACUCCAAUUCCGCCGGCCCUAAAAGCAGGCGCUUUGUCUUUUCACGCAGAGAGACCUGGCUUAAUUUUAUUCAGAGGAACAAGAUGCUUAGAAAAUUCCGAUUGUAAUGAUGAGACAUAUUACACCGAUGAUAACUUUAGCAAUCUUAAAUUGAUUCUGAAAAAUACGGAUAAAUGUUUAUGGGCACGUUCCACGAAAGAAUCACAAGAAGCUCCGGUUUUUACGAUAUUCUGUAUUCAGUAUACUGCUUCUACAGAUGGAUCUAUGCGAAAAUGGAGUGAUUAUCGUUUGAUUAUGUCCGAGAAUUAUUUCGAUACAUCUAAAGAAGUGCCGUUUAAUAGCACUGAUGAACUGGCUGCAAUGGGUCUUGGCACUACUCAUGGAUAUUUGGUAGUUGCUGUUAAAAAUGUUAGAACAUAUGAUCUUGAAUUAUUCGUAUCAAAGGGAGGUCAGCAUUGGAAGAGAGCGAUAUUCCCGCUGAAUACAAAGUUUGAAAAAGAGAACGCAUAUACUAUAUUGCAAUCGGCCCCUUACCAUUUGGUGAUAGAUGUUCUUUCUUCAAAAACGAGGACUGGAAGAUUGUUUAUCUCAAAUUCAGACGGAGAAUAUUUUGUUGAUAGCUUGAAUCAUACAAACCGAAAUGUCGCGGGUUUUGUGGACUUCGAGAAAGUGCUAAGUGUCAACGGGAUUUUACUUGCAAAUGUUGUCGACAAUUGGCAUGAGGUAGAUGAUGGAAGUGCUAUUGCUAAAAGAAUCCGCUCAAAGAUCUCAUUUGAGGACGGCAAAAUCUCAUCUUGGAGGUAUAUUCAUCCCCCAGAAAAGAAUUAUGGGGGAAGUGAUUUUUAUUGCGCGGUUGAUAAGUGGGAAAGUGGUGAAUGCUCUUUACACCUUCACUCGGUUACUACCAAAAAAGUUUAUGGGCCGAUCUAUUCGUCAUCUGCCGCUCCUGGAUUUCUUAUGGGCGUUGGUAACGUCGGAUCAUAUCUUUUCCCUUAUGAACAAUGCGACACUUUCUUAUCAACAGAUGGAGGAAUCACCUGGAAAGUUGUUAAGCUCGGACCGAACAAAUAUGAAUUUGGUGACAUGGGUUCUUUGAUUGUCACGAUAGAUGAUAAGGUCCCCACUGACAAAAUUUGGUAUAGUACUGACUAUGGAGAAAGUUGGGAGUCAUUUGAUCUGGGACUGCAAUCAUUCAAAAUCCGUGCGCAUUUGCUCACGUCAGACCCCGAAUCAACAUCGCAAAAUUUUAUCCUUAUUGGCUCGACUGUGUCGGAACAAGGAAGCUUAAACCGUUAUUUUACAUUCAGGAUUAGUUUCAAAGAUUUACAUGAUAGGAUGUGUACUGAGAAUGAUUUUGAAGAUUGGCAAGCUCGUAAGAUUGAUGGGGAUCGUCAAGAUUGUUUGAUGGGACAAAAGACGACAUAUCGACGCAGAAAAAAAGACGCCAAAUGUUAUGUUGGAAAAGAUCAUGAACACAAAGAGUCAUCAACGUCGUGUCCAUGCGAUGACGAAGAUUACGAAUGCGAUCAUAAUUACAAGCUUAAUGACAAAGGCGAAUGUAUUGAGGUCAUCAAAGAUUAUGUGCCACCCGGGAAAUGCACCAAAGAGGGCGAGACGUAUAUGGCAUCUUCAGGGUAUCGAUUGGUUCCCGGAAAUCAAUGUAAUAGAGAUGCUUCGAGUUCAAAGAUUAAGGAUAUUCCAGUAGAUAAGAAGUGUACCAAAGACCAUAUCACGCCUGGAGGCAUUAAAACUCGUACUUCUUAUAAUAGCUUUGAUACACUCUAUUAUUUCAACGAUUCAUCUGUGAUAUUGGCCAAAGAUAUCACAGGUCGUGUUUAUCGAAGUAUCGACGACGGAGUUGAAUGGAAUCUCCUUUUCGAAGAUCGUAUUGCGCACAUUGUUUUACAUGAUCAUGAUAGUCAAAGGGCCUACCUAUUUACAGAGAAUAACAAGUUGAAGUAUACGUCCGAUCGUGGCAACGACUUCCGUGAAAUAACGCUCCCCCGGCAACCCAACAUUCUUGGUCGUCCCAUUCUCGAUUUUCAUCCUAACGACAUUGAAUGGCUUUUAUUUUUGGGAGGCAAUUCAGACCCUGUGUACUACACAGAAGCAUACUUUAGUAAGAAUAAUGGAGAAACCUGGAAUCUUGUUGAAACAUGGGCAGAAAAAUGUAUAUUUGGACGCGACACUGAUUUUAGUAAGCCAGAAGAACGAACCAUAUUUUGUUCAUCAUACAAUGACAAAAAUAAUACCAGAGGACAAGAUAGCUUGGGUGGCAAAUCGACAGAAGCAAAUCCGUUGCGACUAAUAUCCACGAAAGACUUCGGGAAGACAAUAGAAGUAAAGUUGUCGGGUCUUGUUGAAUAUUUUAUUUUCAAUAAGUACAUGGCUGCUGCAACGGAAAAAAAUAGUCAACUAGGCCUGUACAUUUCUGUAGAUGGCGUUGUUUUCAAAGAAUCUAAAUUUCCUCCAGAUGUUAAAGUAGAUAAAAAGGCAUACACCCUUUUACAAUCAGACACAGGUUCUGUAUUUCUCGACGCGUAUCAAUCGUUUGAUUAUAAUGCCGAAUACGGCUCCUUGUUCAAAUCAAAUGGGGACGGAUCAUUCUUUUCCUUAAGUCUGGAAAAUACCAACCGUAAUGGUUAUGGUAAUGUCGAUUUUGAAAAAGUUCAGGGCAUGGGUGGUAUAAUAUUGGCCAACGUUGUGAGCAAUACUCAGGAAUUAAAGAGAGGCGCCAGCAAGAAAAUUGCUACAAUGAUAAGCUUUGAUGACGGGUCCACAUGGGAGCGAUUAAAAAUGCACAGCAACCAAGACGGCUACCUAAAUUUGCAUGGACGGACGGAUAUCAGAAGAUCUGGCGGUGUUUUUAGUAAAAGAUCAGCAGUCGGAUUAUUGAUAGGUGUAGGGAACGAGGGUGAAUAUCUGUUGCCAUACGAACAAUCCAAGACUUACAUGAGUCGUGACGCCGGUCGUACCUGGACUCAAAUUCGAUCUGGUGAAAGCUUGUACGAAUUUGCAGAUCAAGGCACUUUAAUGGCCGUAGUAGAUGACGAGGGUCCCACAAAUAAAUUGAACUGGGACUAUGGAAAACAUUGGAAGGAGUACAUUUUCAAUGAACGAUAUCUUGUUCGUGUGCUUGAUAUCACCGCCAAUCCUAAAUCUACCAGCAUGAAGUUUUUAUUAACCGGACUUCAAAUUUCGUCCGACCAAAGUGAAGUCAAAUCAGUGAAUAUUAAUGUCGACUUUACGCAAUUAGAGAAAAGAACAUGUCAAUCCGAUGAUUUUGAACGAUGGAAUCCAAUGGACGGUACUUCUAACGAAUGUUUCUUGGGCCAAGAGAUAAAAUAUUUGAGACGCAAAGCUGAUAGAGAGUGUAAAAUUGAGGAUUCCACUGUUGAUUUGAAACCCGUGGUUGAAAGGAAUUGUAAAUGCACCGAGAAAGAUUUCGAAUGCGAUUUCAAUUACUUCCGUGAAGACGGAAAAUGCAAGACGUUUGUUCAGGAUCCUGAUCGUCCACAUGAUUGUGUUGGCUCAUACUUUGGCAGGUCUGGUUAUCGUAAGAUUUCCGAAUCUAAAUGUGAGGGCGGAGAGAAUCUCGAGGAAAAAGUUGAAAAAAGUUGUGACCUUACAACUAAUGACAUCAUCAUAAAAACGCAAGUAUUUGAUUCACGUAUUGCCAAUUACUUAUAUUUCAACGGGACUGAUACCCUGGUAGCUCGUACCGAAGAUGGCGAAGUCUGGCGAAGCAACGAUCAAGGAUAUUCUUGGAUAAUUAUACCAGAACUUGCUAGUGUCAAGAUUCUUGCAAUGUUCCAAAACACUUAUUUUGACCGUUAUGUUUAUUUCAUUACGCUGAGUAAAACUCAUUAUUAUUCAGAUAACGCGGCCCAGAGUGUUACAAAAAUGGAUGUACCGAUGGAACCCAAUCUCCUCGAUCUACCAAUCCUUGACUACCAUCCCGAGCAUGCAGAUUGGCUUAUAUACACUGCAAGUUCGAAUUGCGAGCGAAUAUUUUCUUCGGACUGCCAUUCAGUGGCUUACUACACGAAAGAUAACGGGAAGAAUUGGCAGGAGAUGAUCGAUUAUGUUGGAAAAUGCACGUGGGCAAGAGAUAAAAAAUUCAGAGUGGACGAGAACUUGAUCUUCUGCGAGUCGUAUCUUCACAAGUCUGGUUCACAAAGAUCGUUCUACAACAACCCACUUCAGUUCUGUAUCUCAAAAGACUUUUUCAAGAAAUCAGAUUGUAAGGUUGGAAAUAUUAUUGGAUUCGUAACAUUUGAGGAAUACAUUGUUGUCGCAGAGCUGUUGCCCUCCGGUGACAUUCUCAAUCUUCUGGUCUCGAUGGACGGUGAAACAUUCGCCAGUGCACAAUUCCCACCUAAUAUGAAAAUUACUAGAAGAGCGUUUACGAUUUUGGAGUCUACCACUCACUCCAUAAUACUUCAUGUUACUACAUCAUCCAGAAACAUCUGGGGUAAUGUAUUGAAAUCAAACUCUAACGGAACCUAUUAUUCUUUGUCAUUGGAGUAUGCGUAUCGAGAUGAACGAGGAUAUGUUGAUUAUGAAAAAAUGCAUGGUAUUGAUGGUAUCGCCAUGGCAAACAAAAUUAUAAAUCCUAGCGAGGUUAACAUGGGUGGUUCUAGAAAACUUGUGUCGAUGAUUACUUUUAAUGAUGGAGGCACGUGGAGACGAUUGAAAAGUCCUAAAUAUGAUUCCAAUGGCAAAUCAUACGAUUGUGACGAUGAUAAUUGCUCUUUACACCUUCAUAGUUAUACCGAACGAAGGGAUCCCCGUGAUUCUUUCAGUUCCUCAUCGGCUGUGGGUUUGAUGAUUGGUGUAGGAAAUGUUGGUACUCAUUUAACCUCAUACUUGGACGGUGAUACUUUCUUGACCCGUGACGCAGGAAUGACUUGGAAAGAAGUUAGGAAGGGCGCAUACAUGCAUGAAUUUGGAGAUCAAGGUUCUAUUUUGGUAAUGGUCGAAGAUGAAAAGCCAACAGAUCAUAUAUUGUAUUCUUUCAACGAGGGUAAUUCGUGGUCAGAAAAACAGUUCACUAUACCGACGGAACCUAUAAAAGUUCAUGAUAUUGCAACAAUGCCUGGAGGUAUCAGUAACAAAUUCCUCUUACGAGGUCGUUAUGAAGGCGAUUUCAACAGGGAAGUCGUAGUAUUCAUCGAUUUCAAGGGUGUAUUGCCAAGGACCUGUAAGUUGGACCUUAAUAAUCCAGGCCAUGAUGAUUUCGAAUUAUGGUCGCCUACUCAUAACGAAGGGUUUGAGUGUUUGUUCGGUCGUAUGACAAGCUAUCACCGAAGAAACCUCGAUAGGAAUUGUACCGUUGGCGAAAAGCUAAUACAACCCAAAGAAAUUACUCGGAAUUGCACAUGCAAUGAGCACGAUUUUGAAUGUGAUUACAAUUACAUGCGCGUUAACAACGGCUCUUGUGAACUUGUACCGGAAGCCGAACCUUUGUCACGCAGUGUUAGCGAACAGUGUGCUAAUGGUGAAGAAUAUUACUAUGAUAUAUCUGGGUAUCGUAAAAUAAAUGGUAAUACAUGUAAAGGUGACGAAGAGAAGUUCAUGGGUACCAAACACAUUUGUCCUAGUCCUGGUCGUUCUGCUCUUUUCUGGGUCCUGCUAGUCCUUUCUCCAUUUGUUAUUGUGGGAAUCUUUACCGCGUGUGUUAUUUACAGACGACAAGAUCGAUUUGGAUAUUCAUUGGGGUUGGUAUUUUCAGAUACUAUCAAGCUUAAUGUUGCAUAUACUGUGCUUUUUUACCAUGAAUCUGUUUCGCAUAGUCGGAUCCGUCUUGGAGGUUCGCAAUCGUUCUUGUCUUCUAUUCCAUCGACCAUUGCGGAUGUUAUUUCUUCUAUAAGAAUCCCAGCAUUUGUUUCACGUGCAUUUUCGAGGAUCCUUCCAGGAAGAAGAAGAUAUCAAUACACUCCUGUCGCUACUGAUGAUCCGCUUGAAGUUUCAUUGGAAAAUUACAACGAUAACGAAUGA